AACGAGAGGACUGUUGUUCGUUGACAUGGAUAUUAUUCCACCUGCAUAAUUUCGUCGUUUCUUAAACUUAGCCGCCUUAAGUUGACUCAAUCUGCAGGGAACCCAGUUCUAUGGUUUAAAAGCAAAUGAAAGCUCGCAUGCAGUACUCUGAUUUUUCUUUUGCUCAGCUAUUUUCGUCCACCUUCCUUCAUUUCCUUCGAAUUUUUACUUUUCAACAAAGAGAACAUGGCCGGGGCCUUGGUAGGAGGAGCAUUUCUCUCCGCCUUCCUCCAAGUGUUGUUUGAUAGAAUGGCAACUCCCAAGGUUCUUGAUUUAUUUCGAUGGCAAAAACUCACCAAAAAUCUCUUAAGGAAGUUAGAGAUUGCACUACAGUCCAUGAAUACAGUGCUUGAAGACGCGGAGGAUAAGCAGCUCACAAUGCCCAGUGUGAGAACGUGGCUUGAUGGGUUGAUAGAUGCUGUCUACGAUGCGGAGGAUAUCGUGGAUGAUAUUUUUACCAAAGCCUUGCGACAUGAGUUGGAUGCUGAAUUUCAAAUUGCUGCAAAUAAGGUACGAAACCACAUCUCUCUGUCUCUUUUUGUCAACAAGAUAGAAAGAGAGAUAAAAGAGCUACUUGAGAGACUAGAAUUUCUAGCCUUGCAAAAGGAUUUCAUAGGUUUAAGAGCAGGUGUUGGAGGGAAUCUGCAAGAAAGAUUGCCCACAACUUCUUUAGUCGAAGAAUCUGGUAUUUUUGAUAGGGAUGAUGAUAAGGAGGCAAUAGUUAACUUGUUGCUCUCGGGCGAUUCCUCUGGCAACGAAAUGUCCUUGAUAGCUAUAGUUGGCAUGGGAGGCAUUGGCAAGACCACCCUAGCUCAGCUUCUAUAUAAUGACAACAGGGUUAAGCAACAUUUUAAUCUUGAUGCAUGGGUUUGUGUCUCAAAAGAAUUUGAUUUGCACACAAUAACGAAGACAAUUCUAGAAGCAAUGACUUCGGCAACUUGUGAUAUCAAUAUCAAGGAUCUAAAUAGACUUCAAGUUACAUUAAAAGAGAAAUUAACAGAGAAGGAAAUUCUUCUUGUUUUAGAUGAAGUUUGGAAUAUGAAUUAUUGUGAUUGGGAGGUCUUAAGGAAUCCAUUCAAAUUUGUGGCACAAGGAAGUAGGGUUAUUGUAACAACGCGUGAUGACAGUGUUGCAUCAGUCAUUCGUGCUAAUGUAACUUAUUACGUAAAGAAGUUAUCAGAAGAAGAUUGUUGGUCAAUAUUUGCCAAACAUGCAUUCCAUGAUGGAAACUUUGAUGCACAUCCAGAGCUUGAAGCUUUAGGCAGACAAAUUGUCAAGAAAUGCGAAAGUUUACCUUUAGCAGCCAAGGCGAUUAGAGCUCUUUUACGGUCUAAACUAGAUGCUGAUGAAUGGGAUAAGGUACUAAAAAGCGAGUUAUGGCAUCUACCAAUGGAGGAGACAAACAUUCUCCCUGCUCUGAUAUUAAGCUACAAAUAUCUUCCCUCACAUUUAAAGCGGUGCUUUGUUUAUUGUUCAAUAUUCCCAAAGGGUUAUAGUUUUGACAAAAAUGAGUUAAUUUUACUAUGGAUGGCAGAAGGUUUCUUACAACAACCUAGAAUAAAAACAAUGGAAGAAAUUGGUGAUGAUUACUUCAUGGCGCUGGUAUCAAGAUCAUUAUUCCAACCAUAUAGUGGUGAUAAAUCACGUUUUGUGAUGCAUGAUCUUGUUAGUGAUUUAACAAAAUAUGUCUGGCCAAUUUAUCUCAAGGGAAGAGGUCUCUCAGGAAACUGUGUACAAGACGUGCCAUUUGUCUUACUUCAUAUCAAAAUUUGAUAGCCUCGAGAAAUUUAAGGUGUUUUAUAAGGCUAAAAGGUUGCGCACUUUUCUGCAAUUGAAUUUUUCAAGAGGCAGUGACUCCUAUAUAACCAAAAAAGUACCACAUGAUUUAUUGGGAAUGCUUAGAUACCU